CAACAGAACGCACAGGCGUCAAAACACUGCGGGCUUAAAAUGAUGAAGAAUCUGGGAAGUUUGUCACAUUGAACUGUCAGCGCGUUUCACGCUGCUUUAGCGGUUCGUACAUGCGGAUGAGUAAAGGAUGCAGUGUUUUGUAAUUGAUGGCCUGUUGUUUGAGCUGGAGAAUGGCAAGCCCAGGCUUGUGUUGGCUAAAUAUGGUGCUGAAUCAAAGUCUUCUGAUAAGAAAGGCUCUUGUCGGAUUCCUCCAAGGAAUAAAACACACAAAAUCAUCAACUCCAAACAAUGUCCUCCUCAACCAGACAAAGCCGAAAAGGAAAAAAGAAGCAAAAACACAGCAGCUGUCAGUUGUGUUGGGCAGAACAGCACAGGCGGACCCAAGCGCAGGUCCAGCGAGGCUGUGAGAGUCCAGUCGGACAGCAGCAGGAACGACUCUGUCACGCAGCAGAAAGAGAGCGUGGUGUGUCUGACACAGGAGCAGUUCCAGCAGAUACUGCGCACCAUCAGCAGCUCAUCCGCUGCAAACACUCACACACACGCAGCAGAACCUGUGGCCAGCUCAGAGGAAAACUGUCCCGGAACUACAGGACCAGCUGAAGAGUUGAUCCUGGACGACCAUAAUAUCAGACACAGACCGCCUCUGUCAGAUGAGCAGCAGUCAGGGAUGUUCAGCACAUUUGGAGAAAGGGAAAGAGAGCGAGACAAACUGGAAGCCAGAAGAGCUCAGUGGAGGAGAGAGCUGGAUGAGCAGAUGGCUCUGAAGAAGCAGCAGAAAGCCAAUCUCAAAGAUAUGAAAACUCACAGUGAAUCAUGUGAAACGAGGCUGAAAAACCUGCCUGACACAGAGCAGGACGGGCCGAGCUCACGGAGGGCUGCUGGAGCGGAGAGCUCAAACCACAGAGGUCCAGCUCAAACACAGCGAGAGCUCCCUGCUGCCAUCCGCUCUGCGCUGAUAGUGGGGGAAGCGGCUCCUGUGGAGGACUUGUUCAGUGCUCAGAGACAGGAGCAGCAGAGACGCUGGUUACAGGAACUGGACAAGCAGAGAGAAGAGGCCAAACUACGCCGACAACACGACAAACAGAUCAACAGCCAGGCUGAGGACAUUGAGCUCUGGGCCGUUCAUUUUGACUCUCUUCAUCGGCCCUCAGCUGUGGGCCCCGAGCGAGGGGUCCCUGACACCAGCAGCUGUCUGUCUCCUCACCGCUCCGUCUCUGGGGCUCUGUCCACGGCAUGGGACGGCUCGAGUGCGUUUGGAGGGGACAGUCUGGGGAGGGCCAGCGUUGACACCACUCAGGGAAACCAACAGAGAUCCAGUUAUCUUCGCACAAUGACAGCCUUGCUGGACCCUGCUCAGAUCGAGGAGCGAGAGCGCAGAAAACUCAAACAGCUGGAGCACCAGCGAGCCAUUGAGGCUCAGGUAGAGGAGCGCCGACGCCAGAAAGAGAAAGAGGAGGCCACACGCCGGGCGCAGGAACAGGAAGAGGAGAGGAGGCUUGAAAGAGAGCGAGAGCAACUCCAGCACCAGUACAUAAAGGACACCGAGCGACUGAGACACAGAGAGGAGGCGCAGUCUCGUAAAACAGAGGAGCUGUAUCUGAGCAUUCAAAGAGCCCAAGAGGAGGCCUGUAAAGACAAACACAUCCAGAGAAUCAGAGACCUGGCCAAGAAAGGCCACGAUGUGUCCAAACUACUGCACAGCCUGGAAGCAGACUCCGUCUCACAGGCCCUUAGUGGUGAAGAUUUAGCAGCGACGAGAACAGCACCUCCUUCCACAACAUCUCCAAGAAAAGACACCGCUGUUCAGACAGAGAUCAGUCCUCAGCCAGAGAAUGAGACCGUUAUUCCCAGUGCUCCUCCAAACACGCUAAACAGCAAGACAUCCCAGCGACGUGAGGUAACAGCAUCGGAAAAGAGCCACAGCAAACAGCAAAUGAAAGAAGCGGAUGCUUACGAGCCUUACGCGCGGAGCGACAGGAUCCACAGGCUGGAGAAGAGGCCCGAGUGGAACACGCAGAGACCCAGCAAAGCCUUCGUCCCGGCGUCCGGGCGCUACCCUGAAGCCCUGCAGAGACACCGACAGGAGAGCAGGAGACAGAGGCAGAAGCAGCUGAUGACCCUGCUGGAGAGAAGCACACCGCAGCAAGAUCUGCUUCAUAACCACAAACCUCAAGCACAGACACGGGGGCUAAAAAGCGAAAAUCAACUCCAAGAAGCACCAGCCUUCAGCGCUGAAAGCAGGGUGCCGUCUCCUGCAGUGAAGACCCGUGUGCAUCAGUCCUCUCACCAGGUGCCGGAGGACACGGGCCGCCCGCCGUUAUUAGACUAUGUGCCGUAUGUACGAACAGACGAGGUGUAUCACAUGGACCCCCUCGCUCCGCUGUCCAGACCCCCGACACAUGAAGCCCAGCAGAGGGUCCACACAGCUCAGCAAACUACAGUUGUGAGCAGCAGCAGCAGGCAGGCGACGCCGCUGGUCCAGCAUGACCUCCAUCCUCCUAAAAGCACUGACCGACAGCAGGCCAUCCUGAAGGGUCUGUCCGAGCUCAGACAGGGUCUGCUGCAGAGACAACGAGAGCUAGAAACCAGUCUGAACCCUGCAGUGCAAACACAACACAGAAACCACUUCUCACCUUUCAGACCUGUGUGAUCCAAAGCUGCUUCCAAAAACAAGACCCGAUCCAGCACUUU